AUGUCCAAGGACGACGCUUGUAAAGUGACUUCUGCCAGCAAGCACAAGGAGCGCAAGCCCAAGAAGCCUCACUAUAUUCCACGGCCAUGGGGCAAACCCUACAACUACAAGUGCUUCCAGUGCCCCUUUACCUGCAUGGAGAAGUCCCACCUGUACAACCAUAUGAAGUACAGCCUGUGCAAGAACUCCCUGUCUCUGCUCAUAGAAUCAGACUGGCCCUAUAAAAAGGGCAACAUCCUGCAUCCAGACCAGCUCCGACCCUUUCAGCAGGGACACGGCAUCCACGCUGCUGGCAAAGAUGAGCUGGAGCAGGUAACACGGACUGAGGAGAGACAGAUGCAGCAAAGGAGUGUCGAGGAGGAAGGUGAUGACAGGGAAAGCCAGGGCCCGGAAGACGAGGAGGAGGGAGGACGAGGGGAGCGAGCGGAGGUUGCAGGGCUGACGAAAGAGAGCACCAGAGGAGAUACUGCAGAGUGCGCCACCAAGAAAACCAAAGCACCAGAAUCAGAGCUUCUGAUGGCCGACAUGCUCUCCCUUGAAGACCAGCUUUUACGAGCACGCUCAGUGGAGGUAGAGGCCCAGCUGAAGCAUUAUAAACUAUCCAAGACAUGUCUAACAGCUCCUGAGCUGCUGUCAGAGCAGUGGCGGCUUCUAGCGUCCAGCCAUACUAAGGCUAAAGCAGAAAGUGCUCAAUCCAGAGUGAGUAGUUCAAUCCCCUGUUACCCUCCUCCGCCAAACCUGGUGGAUUACCAGGAUCCCACUGGACUCAACCUGUCAUUACUUGGGGUAGGCUAUCCCAUCAGCCCCAGCCUCUUCUCCUACAUGAACUCAGCUAUUCCCUCCACUGCCACAGGUCUCACAGCUCAGACCCAUGCACAGCUCGCCCAGUUGCCCUUCCUCGCAUCUGCCGCUCAGCUGAUGCACCCAGCUUCCAGCACCCAUGCAGACAGAACUCUCAUCCCCUCUCGGCUCUACUACCCCUUUCUGUGCGAGCACACGUUUGGACCGACUUCCAGUCAGAAUGAUGCCAGCAAAGCGCUCAAGACAUCCCCAAACAGUUUAGAAAACAACCCCUUGACAAGCUUCCAGUCCAAAGUCAAUCUGUGGAAAGUGCCUGCUUUGCGGCCAGGGACCACUGCUGUCUUCCCUGCUGGUUGGGUGUCACCUCAGAGAGAAUCUCCAGACCAGGCCUACAGGCAGGGGGAUAAACUGCAAGCUACAGCUAAGGAAGGUAAAGUGAGCUGGGGCCUCAAGAGGACAGGAGCCCCACUGGGGAACCAUGAGACACCUGUGGAGAAGAAGCCAGCUAUGGUCUUCACUUCGGACCUUCUGAAGAAUAUUCAGAGUGCAUCUACUCUUAAUAUGGCAUCAGAUAAACUUCUCUACCAUGGCAGUUCACAGGAUGUUCAGCUUCAGACCCGGCCGUCUGAAUUGUGGUACAACGAUCCUCUCACUAGUCCGAACAGUGAAACAUCCUCUCUUUCUACUUCUGCGGGACCCAAUAGCCAGGACAUGCCAAUUGCCCGCACAAUAGGGGAGGGAGCUUCAGAGUCAGUGGCUGCUCUCCUUGGUGACCUCUCCAAGGCCUUGCAGGAGUAUCAGGAGGCUGAGCGCAAAAUCUCCCACCUGGAGAAGGAGGACAUUCCCGCCCAGCGCCAACUCUGGGAACACCUGAGCAAAAUCCGAAGCGAGCUCUCCCACAUCCACCAGGCGCUGGAGCGGACGGCUCGCCAAAGCGACGGGCCACUUGACCUUUCAGUCAAAAGAGACUCAACAGAUUCAGUCGGUGAUCAAGGCCUGAGAGAGGAUGGCAGUCUCAAAGGCAACACGACAGAGACAGAGGAGGAGGACGAGGAGCUAGAGGAGAGGAGAGAGGACGAGGAGGAUGAGAGCGAGAGGAAGGUGAUGAAGGCUUCCCUGGAGAGUCGAAAGCAGUCACUGGACAUGCUGAUCAGGAUGAAUCAGGCAGGUGCGUCUGUGGUGAACGCAGAGAUUCUCUCUCCAGGUGGUCUUGGCAUGAGGCCCAGUCCGGCUGAGGCCUUAUGGCCGAGCAGAACCACUAAGUGUGAGGCAGACUCCAGCGUCCUGCUCUGCCCUGACGGCCGAUCAGUGGUAUUCACCGAAAUCCCCUCCUCUGCCAAAACUCCCAAAAGACCCCCAUCCAUACAGCGGCUGGAAGCACAGUGCCCUCCAAGUCCUUUGACAGUGACAGACAACUAA